UCUGUGAGACAGACUACCUGAUAAUACAGUUAUUUCACCCAGGCUUUGAUCACCAGCACUGCAGAAAUGUCCAACCUUGGCGGAUGGAGAACAGAGGCGCCUGUCACUGAAGAGAUGAAGAAGAUCUGCAUUACGGUGAAGCCAGACAUAGAGACGGCGGUUGGAACCAAUUUUCCUGUUUACAGUCCAUUAAGCUUCAGGCUUCAGGUUGUGGCAGGAAUAAACUAUCUGGUCAAGGUGUGUGUUGGAGAAGAUGUGUGCGUUCAUGCAAUGAUAUUUCAAGAUUUUCAAAGGAAACUGAAUGUGACUGGAGUCCAGUUCCCUGAAUCCAACAGUGAGCCCCUGGAACCCUUCUGAACACUUCUAACCGCAUGCAGAAAAUAUUCUGAUCUAAUAACAGACACACAAUGAGCUGCCGUACUGUAUAGAGGAACUAUUGACAACUGUUUCAUCCCUCAAUAUUCAAACCC